CCCCGAUGGCCGAGCCGCCCCUCCUUCCGAAGCCAGCCGGCCAGCAGCAACCCGCUAAGGUCAUACUUAUUCCACAUGCCGCCCAAAAACCUACUCAACAAGUCUAUCUUAUACAGCCAAACACCGGCCAACAACAGCUCACUUUCAUACCAAUGCAAAUUCCGGCCGAUACGCAAAAGAAACAAAUGACAGUGCUGAGUCCUAUGCAACCAACGAGUAGCACCACCCAUGUAAGCGUCGUUCAGAUGGAAACGUUGGAUUCUGGACAUGCCGGCGGAACGCCAAUUUCACAGCCGCAGUCACAACAGCGAAUUACUUUGGGAAAUCUUCAUUUUCAACAAGAUCCAAAUGAUCCCCAGAAAUGGAUUAUUACAAAUGAUUCUGCUGCUACAACACCAAGUCAGCCAUCGAACCAUUCUAACAACCAGUCAUCCAGAAUGACCGGCGGUGGUGAUUCGCCAAACAUGAUGGCCGGAGAAUACGAAAUGGGGAUCGAUGAUAGUCAAGUACCAAGACGAUGUGCAUGUACCUGUCCAAACUGCCAAAAUGCUAGUACCCCGAGAUCCGGUGAUGGUAAACAACGACUGCACAUUUGCCAUAUUUGCCAGAAAACUUAUGGAAAGACAUCACACCUAAGGGCUCAUCUGCGUGGACAUGCCGGAAACAAACCUUUUGCAUGCGAUUGGCAGCACUGCACCAAACGUUUCACCAGAAGCGAUGAACUACAACGGCAUCGUCGCACGCACACCGGUGAAAAACGAUUUGCAUGUGGCCAUUGCGGCAAAAAAUUCAUGCGCUCCGACCAUCUGACGAAGCACGAGCGAACGCAUACCAGCAAUCGUAUGUCGAUGAGUACGCCGUUGAGAAUGAAUCACACUCCAGAGCAAGGCCAACGUGUUCCUCGUUGA